CUGUGAUCAGAGGUGAUCCGCGCGUGGGAAAAUGACCGGCGAGUUUGCGCUCGUCCUCUUCACACUCCUGCUCGUUCAAGGUGCUCGUUGCGAUCUACUGGAAUAUGGCGACGACGAUGAAGAUCACCAUGAUGUCACUGUCAAUCAGAUGCUGGUUCCCAGGUCGCACCAGGAGGACGCCACGCUCAUACUGAACAAUCUGCUCAAGGAGUACGACAAGACGCUCCGGCCAGACAUUGGAGUGAAACCAACAGUCAUCGACGUGGGCAUAUAUGUCAACAGCAUCGGGCCCGUGUCAUCCAUCGAUAUGGAGUACCAGAUCGAUAUUAUCUUCGCCCAGACCUGGGUGGAUACUCGCCUGCGGUAUAACAGCAGCAGCAUGCGGAUUCUAACCCUCAACAGCAAUAUGGUUGGCUUGAUCUGGCUGCCCGACACCAUCUUUAGGAAUUCCAAGACUGCCGACUCUCACUGGAUAACGACACCCAAUCAGCUGCUCCGGAUCUGGAACAAUGGAAAAAUACUCUACACACUGAGGAUGACCAUCAACGCAGAAUGCCAGCUGCAGCUCCAUAAUUUCCCCAUGGACGAACACUCCUGUCCCCUCGUCUUCUCCAGCUAUGGCUACCCGCGGGACGAGAUUGUGUACAAGUGGAGGCGAAACUCAGUGGAAACUUCAGAUCAGAAAUACUGGAGGCUUUACCAGUUUGAUUUCAUGGGGCUCAGGAACACCACAGAUGUGCUCACAACGACAGCAGGUGACUAUGUGUUGAUGACAGUGUACUUUGACCUCAGCAGAAGGAUGGGCUACUUCACUAUCCAGACCUACAUCCCCUGCAUCCUGACGGUGGUCCUCUCCUGGGUCUCCUUCUGGAUUAAGAGCGACGCUACGCCUGCAAGGACGGCCCUAGGUAUCACCACAGUGCUGACCAUGACCACCCUGAGCACAGUGGCCAGAAACUCGCUACCCAGAGUGUCCUACGUGACAGCCAUGGACCUGUUCGUCACGGUCUGCUUCCUGUUCGUCUUUGCUGCCAUGAUCGAGUACGCAAUGCUCAACUACUACUCCUACAGUAUACGCAGACCUCCUGCCAAGACGCAGAGAAUGACAUACUCAUCUUUCAACAUGGGUCGCAACACUCGAUCCAUGAUGCCCAUGGGCAACUCCCUCUUCUGGCACGACUACGAUGACAACUGCCUGUACGAGUGCCUGGACGGGAAGGACUGUAAGAGCUUCUUCUGCUGCUACGAAGAGUGUAAAGAAGGUGGCUGGAAGAAAGGACGGAUCCACGUCAACAUCCGCGAGCUGGAUUCCUACUCUCGGGUUUUCUUCCCCACGUCCUUCUUGCUCUUCAACAUCGUCUACUGGGUCAGCUACCUGUACCUCUAGUCGGUCACGGGCCUUGAUCCGGGGGGCCUUGCUGAAACAGCCACAGUCCCCGCCACUUUGCACCUUCGGUCAUGAGUAGAGUUCAAAACUAAUGGAAGACGAAAUGAGGUAGAUCGACUCUGUGGGAAGUGUGUGAAACAUGCUGCCUCUGGAUUCUUCAUUUUUGGUAUGACUCAAAAAUGUGUGUGUGCUGUUGUGCACAAUGAUACUUUGAGCCGUGGUGCUCCAAGGAGAAUAAAAUGCUCAGCAGUAGAACAACAAGGCCGUCAGCAUUAACUUGAAUGGAUAGGUCCCACUUAUGACUCUCAGAAACCAAACAACACACAGCUGUGGCUUCAGAGACAUUUGGGGACGGGGGUUGAAUUGCUGAAUCUUGGUCGUCGAGAUCGCGAAGCACCCACAGUGCCUUCUUUAGAAAGGGUGCGGCACCGAGAGAUGCAGCUUCAGCGUUCCCACCAUUAUCUUUAUUACCUCAUCCAUCACACCGCCGCAUGCUGAGCUGUUUAUUCUUUGAUGAAACAAACCCAGAACACAGUUCUCACCACUGGAGAUGUUUAAAACUAACAUUCACCAUUCAUUUUGUAGCACAUUAGUUUUAGUUGUACCCUAGAUUUAGUUCUCCUUUCUAAUAAUAGUAA